AUGCAGCCCGUUGAAAACAGCACCUCUAAUAUCACUCGAGUUCUCUCGGAUCUGUUCGGAGAAGUGCUUCAAGCGUCUGAAACAUCAGAUAACAAUAAAAGUAACAUUGAUAUAUCACAGUUUUUAUCUGUUUUAAAGCAAAAUAAGCAUUCGCCGAAGGGUCAUGAUAGCUUGGACUUUGGUACAUUAAUAAAACUAGUAGACGGUUGGAGAAAUAAAUUAAAUUUAACAAAGCCUUUGGAGCCACCGACGUGCAAUUAUUGUGAAGGCAGUUUCCGAGACGUCAUCCUCGCUUACAACAGCAUUCACGGAUACGUCAGCUUAAUUCGCCUGCUCAAGUGGCUGGCGGUCGCCGACGUCUUUGUCAUGCUCGAGUACGUGCCCUUCGCAGUUUAUCGCUACCUCAUAUUGCCGGUCCAGCGCGAGAUGCCGUACAAGUGGGCAGCGUACCUACUCUUCCACAUGCACUUCGCGCAGAUCUUCCACACGGCCUCCAUCUGUCUCACGCUAUCGCUGGCUGUCUGGAGAUAUGUCGCCAUAAAAUAUUCUGACAAAAAUCACAUUCUGUGUACGGAAAGACGUUGCAGUGUGGCGAUAUUGAGCAGUUUCGUCUUGCCGCCGAUCCUUUGCAUACCUACAUUCCUGGUAUUUGACAUCCACACUGCAAUGGUCAUAGAACCCAGUGGACCCAUGAUCUUGUACCACGUGGACGCUGAUCAGGAGGGAAUGCUGUAUUUGAUAAACUUCUGGGUGCAUGCUGUAGUCAUCAAAUUGUUGCCCUGUUGCAUACUGACGGUCAUCAGCCUUUGGUUGAUACUCGAAGUGUACCGCGCCAAUGAACACCAAAAGAAAAUAAGAGUUUAUGACACAUGUCCUACAAAUAAAACAGGGAAGCGUCAGAACAAAGCUAACAAACGAGCAAAUAGAACGACCAAGAUGUUGGUGGCGGUACUUGUACUAUUUUUGGUGACGGAGUUGCCUCAGGGUAUACUGGGGCUUUUAAGCGGUGUACUGGGACGGUGCUUCUUCAAGGGAUGCUACGAUUUAUUUGGCGAGCUAAUGGACGCGUUGGCGCUGCUUAACGGAGCGAUCAACUUCAUCCUGUACUGUUCCAUGUCCCGCCAGUUCCGGAUGACAUUUCGCCAACUCAUGUGGCGCGUGCAGUUGCACACGUGGCCCACCCCGCCCGCAUCCAAUUCCGAUGGUCUCAAUACAGCAAAGACAUCGGUUCCGUGAGGAAGGAUUGCUAAGAAUAAGGAAGAAAUUGUAAUGCAAC